UCAAUUUUAAUAUCAUCCCCAAUUGGGAAGCGGUGGCUGAGUGCUCACAAAAGCUUCGGUUUGCUCAUUUUUGGGAAGUUGUACAUUUCGCCCUAUUUUUUUAAUGGUGCUUUGAUUGUUGUACAUCAAAUCCCGGCGCAUUUUAGCGUACCACGUACACCUGUGUUGUACAACUACCUGUACGUACACGUAUCCCUCCUCCUUCCUUUGUACAUCAAAGAAUGGGGCAUUCUGCAGCCGUUUGUGACCACAGAGCUUCGUUUGAAUUGACGAAAGAUUGGAAUGGGAUCGAACAAGUUGAACUUAGGAACCCUCAAGGAGCAUCGACUCGAGUCAGUUUGUACGGUGGACAAGUUCUCUCGUGGAGGAAUGAAAGAGGCGAAGAACUUCUGUUUACCAGUAGUAAGUCCAUCUUUAAGUCUCCGAAAGCAAUGCGAGGAGGAAUCUCUAUUUGCUUUCCCCAGUUUGGAAACUGUGGUUCACCUGAUCAAAAUGGAUUUGCUCGGAACAAAAUUUGGACAAUCGAGAAUAAUCCUCCUCCAUUGCAUCCAAAUGAUUCCGUCGGUAAAUCCUUUGUCGACUUGUUACUAAAACCAGCCGAAGAAGAUCUCAAGUGCUGGCCUCAUAGCUUUGAGCUCCGCCUUAGAGUUGCGCUGGCUUCUGACGGAAACUUGAUAUUGAUAUCUCGCGUAAGGAACAUAAACGGGAAGCCUUUCAGCUUCUCGUUUUCUUACCACACACACUUCUCUGUUUCUGAUAUAAGUGAAGUGAGAGUAGAAGGUUUAGAGACACUGGAUUACCUCGACAAUCUCUGCCAAAAGGAACGGUUUACGGAGCAAGGUGAUGCCAUAACAUUCGAAUCUGAGGUGGACCGUGUUUAUCUAAGCUCUCCACAGUGUGUUGCUGUUUUGGAUCACGAGAAAAAACGGACAUAUGUUAUCAGAAAGGAAGGCCUACCCGAUAUUGUUGUGUGGAAUCCAUGGGAGAAAAAGUCGAAAGCAAUGGCGGAUUUUGGAGACGAAGAAUACAAACAGAUGGUAUGUGUAGCUGGAGCAGCUAUUGAAAAUAAAAUCACAUUAAAACCGAGAGAAGAAUGGACUGGCAGGAUUGAGCUUGCAGCUGUCCCGUCUAGCUUUUGCACCGAUUUUCUCGACCCUCAUCUCAACUUCUUCUGACGCUCUCGAUUUCAGUUACUCUGGUUAAGGAUCUUGUCUUAAUGCAGCAGUAUAUUAGUGAAACCUCAACUAUUGUUUUUUUUAAUAUGCAAAUUGAGGGAUUUAGUCUUUAGAGAUGUCUUGUUUUGCUGGCUGUAUGGAUUUAUUGUAUCCAACCUUACUAUUUUCUACAACUUAUAUGCUCAAAUUUUCUUGAUCUC